AAGUGUAUGUAGGUAGGUUAGGUAGGAUGACUUGGAUGAAGUGAGCCGAGUGACUGUCUCUUGUUCUUUCUCUAUGCUGGUGAGUGGAUGGAGAGCCCAAUCAUGGAUCCGGACCCCAAUAAUCUGCCCUCUUUCCCGGUUUGGGCCUUGUUGCCCAAGCGAGAAACCGGAGCCGAGCAGUUCGUUGCCAAGAAUCCACACUUUGAUGGACGCGGAACCAUCAUCGCCAUUCUAGACUCAGGUGUGGAUCCGGGGGCAGCUGGACUGCAAGUGACCACGGACGGGAAACGUAAGGUAUUGGACCGAAUCGACGCUUCGGGGGCAGGCGAUGUCGAUAUGCGCCGGCAGGCCGACCCCAAAGAUGGGGUUCUCAAAGGUUUAACAGGACGAGAUCUGCGCUUGCCGCUGGAUUGCUUGGGCUUUAAAGACUAUCGAGUGGGGGUGAAACGAGCCUUCUCGUUGUACCCCAACACUCUCAAAGAGCGCAUGAUCAAGGAGCGUCAACGCAAGCAUUGGGACCCUUAUGUCCAGCCCAUCCUCACCAAAUGCUGGAAGAAGACGAAAGAACUGCCCGAGGUCACGCCCAACGAAGAUCCCAAUGCCAAAUUCGGGCGAGACAACGUUCAAGCCGAACUCGAGGUCAUCACCACUAUCGACAAGAAGUUCAAGGACCGCAAUGGCGAUCUCGGUCCCAUGUACGACGUGGUUCUCUUCCAUGACGGCGACCUUUGGAACGUGCUCAUCGACACCAGUGAGACUGGCGAGCUCUCCGAAGGGAUUCGGCUCCGACCUUUCCGUGAAACCGGCGAAUUUGCCCCCUUGACCAAUGACGAUCGACUCAAUAUCAGCGUGAAUGUGUAUGAAAAGGGCGACAUCGUGGAAAUCGUGAGCAUGUGCUCGUCCCAUGGGACCCACGUGUCGGCCAUUGCCGCGGCCAAUUUCCCGGAUGACCCGCCAAAGAACGGUGUGGCUCCCGGCGCCCAAAUCGUGUCCAUUACGAUUGGUGAUGCCCGAUUGGGCUCCAUGGAGACGGGCACCGCCCUCGCCAGAGCCAUGUAUCACAUCAUGAGGGCGGAACACUAUAAGGUGGACGUGAUGAACAUGUCCUACGGCGAGCACUCGCAUUGGUCCAACACCGGUCGAUUGGGCGAGCUCAUGGGCGAGGUGGUCAACAAGCACGGCGCCAUCUUCGUCGUGUCCGCCGGCAACGCUGGACCCGCUCUCUUCACCAUCGGCACGCCCCCAGACAUCAGCACCAACUCACUCAUAGGCGUGGGCGCGUACGUCUCGCCCGAAAUGAUGACCUCCAUCUAUGCUUCCCGGGAAAAAGUGCGGGGCACCCCUUACACGUGGUCCAGUCGGGGUCCCACCAUGGAUGGGGACCGAGGCGUGACCGUUUGCGCACCCGGCGGAGCCAUCACCUCAGUGCCCCAUUUCUCCUUGAAAGGCUCGGAACUCAUGUCCGGCACGUCCAUGGCAGCACCUCAUUGUUCAGGCUCUUUGGCUCUUUUGGUGUCCGGACUCAAGCAAGAGUCCAUUGGAUUUUCACCGUUCAGUGUGAAACGUGCCAUAGAAAACACGGCACUGGUCUUGAAAGACCGGUGUCCUUACGCUCAAGGCCACGGAUUGCUCCAAGUGAAUGAGGCUUACGAGGUGUUGAAGAAGUACGGCGAGGCCAAGGACCGUGAUGUGAGGUUUUCGGUUAAAUGCAACAAUUCCAAGGGAGUCCAUAUCCGUGGAAAAGCCGCUUUCAAAGAGCAACAGGUCCUGGUGAAGGUUCAACCCAUCUUGCUCAACCACGAGGAGCAAGAGAACGAAGACAAGAUCGCCAUCCAGUUCACGUGCACAUUGGCCAGUCCAGACACGUGGGUGAGCUAUCCCAAAUUCCUGGAGCUUCCCAACCGAAGUCGCGACUUCUGGAUCACCGUGGAUCCCAUGGGGCUACCCUACGGAGCCAAUAGCACCUUCAUCAAGGGCUAUGAUUCCAAGAACCCCAACAAAGGCCAUUUGUUCGAGAUCCCGGUGACCGUGAUCAAGUCCGAGCCCCUGGAGGAGGGCACUCGGCCACGAUUAGUUAAAACUGAUUUGCGAUACUCGCCCGGCACGCUCAAACGGUUCUUCGUCCUCGUCCCGGAUCAAAGCACGUGGGCCACGGUUCAAAUCCGGUCCAAGUCGGACAACAGCAGUCGCUUUGUGCUCCAUACUGUGGUGCUUCUUCCCAAAAUGGAAGUGCGUACUUUGGAGGAAAAGAAGUAUUUCGAGCUCUCCGACUGCACGGAAGUCACGCAAAGCUUUGCCGUUCGAGGAGGUCACACUUUGGAGGUGUGUCUGGCCAAGCAAUCCUUCAAUUUAGGCGAUGCCUUGGUGGAUUUGAGCCUCCAGUUCCACGGGAUCCCGUUGAUUGGCGGGGACACCAAAGUUUGGAUCCAUGGGGCUCAGGGCAUCACUCGCUUCGACAUUUCAUCGCCCAUUCAACGGGAAGAUGUCCAGCCCGAGAUCAAACUGAAAUCAUUAGUGAACAAUUAUCGACCGAUCGAGUCCUCGGUUUACCCGUUGGAUUCGCGGGAUGUGGUGCCUCCCCAUCGACAAGUGUAUGAACUGGCCUUGACUUAUCAGUUUGGAGUACAAAAAGCCACGGAGAUCAUGCCGGACUUCCCUUGGUUGAGUGGCGUCCUCUACGAGUCCGAGUUCGAAUCCCAGCUCUGGCUCUUGUACAACAGUCACAAGCAAUUGAUUGCCAGUGGCGAUGCCAAACCGAACGAUUGGUGUGUCAAGGUGGAGAAGGAGGACUACACGCUGAAGGCCCAUGUCCGACACGAGGACAGCCAACUCCUCGAGAAAUUGAGCGACCUCGUGCUGCAAGUCUCGUUCAAGCUGCCUUCAGUGGUGAGUCUGGACGUGUACACUUCCCACGCCCAAGCCUCCACUCUUGGCAAGGCUUCCAACUCCUUCGUCUUGGCCAAAGGCUCCACGGCCACCCUCUACACUGUACUCACCAAUAGUAUUGACAAGUACCUCAAGAACGCCACCAUCGGAUCCUACUUCAAGGGCACUCUCGCGCUAGCCAAGGAUCCCUUGGGACGCAAUGCCUCGGCCCUGAGCGUGUUCUACUCGCCCAGUGAAUCCGCCAAACGCGACAAGCACGGUGCGGCUGCCAUCGCCGCCAAGAAGAGCGGCUCCAAAUCGGUCCCGGUCACUUCGGCGGAGACCAUGGAGGAGGCCAAGCGGGAUUUCCAGCUAGGUUGGGUGGCCAAACUGGACCCCAUGUCCACCGAGGGUCAGGCCUUGUUCAAGGAGUUAAACGGAAACCCGGACGUGGAUCAGGUCCAACUUCAUUUGCACCGCUUGAACGCCUUGGAUGUGUUCAAAUUGGCUCAGGAGGAGGAACCCAAUGGUGAGCGCGUGGAGGCCGCCUUCCAAUGUUGCGCUUGGAUCCAAGCCAAUAUCGACUUGAACCAGGCCUUGGCCCAUGGCUCGGUGAAGUAUGACGGGUCCUCGAAUGCCACUGAGGUCAAGAAGGACAUGGACAAGGCCCGGGAUCACUAUUUUGAGGCCCUGAACAAGGCCGGAUACCUGCAAGUGGCUUUGGGGCGGAGCGAGGAUGCCCAACAAACCCAUUUGUUGGCCGUCAAGUACUUGGAUGUGACGGAUUCGCGGAUAAUUCUGUUCACGACGGCCUAUGCCGAGAUGGUGCAGCAUUGGGGGCGUGCCAUGAAGUUGGUGAUGCAUCAGCUGGACGGCAAGCCCGGCUCGUUUGAGUUGGAAAGCCGAUUACUGAAGUUGUUGGGCAAAUUGGGGUGGAAGACCGUGUACGAGUUCCACCGGCGAAGCAUCACACUGCGCUAUCCUCAGGGCUACGAACUGAUUUAGCUCAUUUCAUUACCUAGCUAUUAGCACCAUUACGAUCACUUGCUCUUCAUCUUUUACCAAUGCUUCGACGAGUGAAGUUGUUACUGGUUUUACAAUAAUCAUUAUUAUUAUUAUUAUUAUUAUUAUUAUCAUCAUCAUCAUUACAUACAUUCAUUGCCAUUCAUUGUUGAACAUUUCUCUCAGACUAGGCGCUAUUGACAACCAUAGUGAAAUAAAUUUACAAACAGCCGUUUGUGCCAAUCA